GUUGCAUUUUACCCAGGAAGACUCGGGGGCAGCUGCCUUAUACCCAAGAACCCCUGAGGUAUUCAGCCCCAGGGGUCCCGGAGCUGCCACCUCACGCAUUUAGCUUGCCUUGUGACGGUACAUCAUGGGACGCUCAUCCAAGGACAAGAGAGAUAUUUACUACCGUCUGGCCAAGGAGGAGGGCUGGAGAGCGCGCAGCGCCUUCAAACUGCUGCAGCUGGAUGAGGAGUACGAGCUCUUCCACGGGGUCCAGCGGGCGGUGGAUCUGUGCGCGGCUCCGGGCAGCUGGAGUCAGGUGCUGAGCCGGAAGCUGCGGGGUGCGAACGAGGGGGCCACGGACGUGAAGAUCGUGGCGGUGGAUCUACAGGCGAUGGCUCCUCUGCCCGGAGUCAUUCAGAUACAGGGCGACAUCACCAAGGUGUCCACGGCCCAUGAAAUAAUCCGUCACUUUGAGGGCCAGCCGGCGGACCUCGUUGUGUGUGACGGGGCCCCAGACGUGACCGGUCUGCACGACAUCGAUGAAUACAUUCAGGCGCAGCUCCUGCUGGCGGCGCUGAAUAUCACCACGCACGUGCUGCGCAGAGGGGGCACGUUUGUUGCCAAGAUAUUUCGGGGGAAGGACGUCACCCUCCUGUACUCGCAGCUGAAGAUCUUUUUCCGGGAGGUCACCUGCGCCAAGCCCCGGAGCAGCCGAAACUCUAGCAUCGAGUCGUUUGUUGUUUGUCAGGGGUAUUGCCCCCCAGAAGGGUAUAUUCCCAACAUGUCUAACCCCCUCCUGGACCAUUGUUAUGAUGUGGAUUUUAACCAACUGGAAGGCCCUAACCGCGUGAUCGUGCCUUUUCUGGCCUGCGGGGAUCUAAGCGCUUACGACUCUGACAGAACUUACCCCCUCCAGCUGGAAGAGAGUAAAGAAUACAGCUACGUGCCCCCCACUCAGCCUCCGAUCCGCCCCCCGUAUCAAGAAGCCUGCUUCCUAAAGAGAAAUAACCUGCUGUCUAAGGAGAGACCCCCAGGCCCGUCGGACGAGCAGCCCCCCGAGUCCGAGGAUCCUGACAUUCAUAAGCUGGUCAUAUCCGCCUGAUUCCCACCCGCAAUGUUUUAGCAGAAAUAACUCUUUUUACCAAAUGUGGCAAAUUCUGGAUAUUUUAUUGUUUUUAUUUCUGUGAAAUAAACCAUUUUUUAAAACAAAA